AUGUCUCGAAGAGCUUGCAAAAGAGUAAGCUUUAGUCCGGACCCAGAAGCAAUCGAGGAACCGAUCUAUCCAACACACAACGGUCUCAGCUCAUCGCGGCAUGGUCGUCAAAGAGUCUUCGUUGGAAUUCUCAGUCUCGACGUCAGAAGCUCGCCGGCAGCGAGGAGAUUACUCCGGCGUGUUGGAGCCAGAGUUUCCAAAACGCUGCGUUUUAUGUCAUUCGGAAUGAAGAGUGUAAACGCCAAAACGGUGCCGUCUCAUUCUUCGAGAAUCGUUUCAUCUUCUUCGUCUCUGUCUUGUUCCUCUUCCUCUUGCUCUGCUUCGUCUAUUUAUCUGGUGAAGUCGAAGUCUCUAAAUGAAUCAGAGUCUCACCGUGCAGAGGCCAUUGAGGACUGCAUCGAGUUCUUAAAAUCUUCUUCUUCUUCUCUGUCGAGAUCAAAUUCAAUAUCUGCUUGGUCUUGCUAA